AACCAAAGAUUAAUGUAGACUCGGCAGAUUUAAGUAAACAUCUAAAUAUUGUAGAGUCAAAUCUUUAAUUGUUCUAAUAUAAUUAAGUGUUAUCUUUUGUGAAAUUCAUUUUGAUAAUGUCUGCACCAGCUGAUCAACCAGAGGAAGAUAAUUCAAUUAUCGAUUUUGUCAAACAUCCUUUGCAAAAUGAAUGGCAGUUGUGGUAUUGGCGAGGUGAAAAAAAAGAAUGGAUUCUUAAUCUUCUUGAAGUAACUACAUUUAAAACUGUUGAAGAUUUUUGGGCCCUUUAUAAUCAUAUUGAAUUAGCAAGUAAUUUAAAAAUUGGUUCAGAUUAUUGCGUCUUUAAACUUGGGAUUAAACCAAUGUGGGAAGAUACUCGUAACACCAAGGGAGGCAGAUGGCUUUUCACUUUUCAAAAAAGUUUCAGUAAAGCGUUAGAUGAAAUGUGGUUGGAGGCACUUUUGUGCUUAAUUGGUGAUGCUUUUGGAGAGGAGAGUGAUCAAAUCUGCGGUGCAGUAAUAAAUAUCAGACGUGGUGUUGAUAAAAUUGCUGUUUGGACAUCAGACUAUAAAGAUGAAGCUGCUGUUAUGAAAAUAGGACGCAUUCUAAAGCAAAGGAUGAAUUAUAAUGCAAAAAUUACUUAUGAAGCUCAUGAAGACACUCAGAAUAAACAUGGACAAAAAUGGCUCUAUAUGGUAGAGUGAUAAUAAAUAUAAUAGACAAAGACCCUUUCAACCAGCAUUUUUCAACAUCCUUUCAUUUUGUCAUCCAUUCUCUCAAUUAUCAUGUUCAUCAUUCUCAUUGUAAUCAUCAUUCAUUUUUUUUCGCCUUCCAUUUGUCUAAAAUUUUUCUCUCUUGCAAUUACCGUAUUUAUUUAUUCAACUUAUCUCAAUAUAAGUUUGAUAUUUUUUACGGUUUGACGAUUUUCAAUGAUUGGGAACUUUAUUCGAGCAGUUAGCUCAUUACAUUAAAUCGUGUCAACUACAUUA